UCCUGCAUCAGGAGCUCCAAGGAGAUGGCUGCCACCAGGAUCUUGUCUUGGCUGGUGAUGAUAAUUCUUCACAUUCAGGUGGAUGCAGAUUCUCCAGCAAAAAUACCUCUAACAGCAGAAACAAGUGGUCCCCCAACAACUCCUGACCACACGACUACUCAAAUCAUAUAUGAUGAUCUGCAGCUGAGGCUGAGUGGUGGGCCCGACCGGUGUGCAGGCAAUGUGGAGAUCUACUACUUUGGAGCCUGGGAGAAGGUGUGUGGGUACCUGUGGGACAUGCAGGACGCCGAGGUGGUGUGCAGGCAGCUGGGCUGUGGCUCCCCUCUCACAGACACACACUCCUUCCCCUCCAACAACUUCUACUCCUACAUGAUUACUGAGGUGAACUGUGUGGGCACCGAGCGCUACUUGUGGCACUGCCCCUACACCUACCAGUACCGUGUCUGCCACCAUGGAGAUGCUUCUGUCGUGUGCUCAGACUCUGGAAUAACAGUGCCUCCAACAGCACCAGCUGUCUCCGGAUUGAUGUUCUCCAGGUCAUGGACUACAUAUGAGAACUCCUCCUGUGGUGGCUUACUUCAGGGAUUGUCCGGCACCUUCCAGAGCCCGGGGUACCCCAACUCCUACCCUCACAACUCCUACUGCGUGUGGCACAUCCGGCUGCGGGACCCGGCCCGCAGGAUCCAGCUCCAGUUUACGGACGUGGAGCUGGAGGGCAACAGCUGCUCCUACGAUGCCAUCGAGGUGUACGACGGAGGGUCCACCCAGAGCCCGCGCCUCGGCCUUGUUUGCAGGGACAACAACAGCUUCUUCAACUCAUCCGGGAACCAGCUCACCGUCCUGUUCCGCAGUGAUGGCAGCGUCAGCAGGAGAGGCUUCCAUGCCUACUACUCAUCAUUUCUUGACUUCCAUACCACCGUGGCUCCCAACAGUACUUCCAACUGGAUGACCACUCCGUUAACAACCUCAGAAGAUUAUUCUUGUGGUGGCUUGCUUUCCUCUUCAUCUGGUACCUUACAGAGCCCAUUUUACCCCAGAAAUUAUCCAAACAAUGCCAACUGUGUGUGGGAAAUACAUGUAAAGAGCAACUUCCGUGUCACACUUGUAUUUACAGAUAUUCAGAUGGAAGGUGGCAGAUGCCUCUCUGACUACGUGGAAAUCUAUGAUGGGCCCCUUCAGACCUCUCCUGUCCUUGGGAAGAUUUGUUCUGGUUAUCGCCCCAUGUACACAUCGUCCUCAAACCUGCUGACCGUCCGCUUCCACAGUAACUCCCGAUACACAUACAGAGGGUUUCAGGCCAACUAUCAUUCCACCCCAGCUGAUGACAGCACCACCCUGCUGUGUUUGCCAAACUACAUGCACGUGGUUGUGAGCAGAUACUUCCUUCAGUCCCACGGCUACUCUGCUUGGAACCUCACCCUGAACGACCCCUUUUGCAGACCCAACAUCACAUCAAAUCAUGUGUCAUUCGACAUUCCAUACACUCGCUGUGGCACCGUCAGAGAGGGAAACAACAACACAAUCAGCUAUUCCAACAUUAUUAGAGGGUCCUCUUCCGGCACAUUAAUCACAAGAACUAGAAAUCUUCUCUUGCAUGUCAACUGCAAGAUGCUCCAGAACACGUGGGCACAAACGAUGUAUAUCGCGGACGACAAUUUUGAAGUCAAUGAAACUCAAUAUGAGAGAUACGAUGUAAACCUCACAUUUUAUGACUCUUCAAGCUUCUCAAGACCAGUGUAUGACUCACCCUACUAUGUCAGCAUCAACCAGAAUUUGUUCCUGGAAGCUUCCUUGCACAGCUCUGACCCAAUGCUGGAGUUGUUUCUGGACACUUGUGUGGCAUCUCCCACUCGCCACAAUUUCACAACAGGAACCUAUGCUAUAGUCAAGAAUGGGUGUGUUAAAGACCCUACCUAUGCUUCGUACUACUCACCCAGCAGACACACCCUCCGGUUUAAAUUCAAGGCCUUCCAGUUCAUUCAGAGCAACCCCGAGGUUUACCUGCAGUGUGAGCUGGUGGUGUGCAGGGCCUUUGACUAUUCUUCCAGGUGCCACCAAGGCUGUGUUCAAAGGUCCAAGAGAGAGGCAAGCUCUGACCUAGAAAGUGUGAUUGUUGUUGCUGGCCCAAUACAGCUUUGGGAACCUGCACCUGAGAUUAGGAAUGAAAAUGAGUCUGAAUAAAACUGUCUCCUUUGACAGACAGCAUCUUUAAAUGCUAAUUGAAUUCUGGAAGAAACUGCUGCCAGAUUGCCAGAAGGUCUAGAAUAAAUGUUAGGAAUGUGCUUACUGACUCCUGCCUGUUAAUCCCACUUCAUGUCAGUCAUCCCCAUAUAACAAAAAUGCUACCUCGGCAGUUCUAUGGGGAAUGAAAUUUGUGAUCUUUAAGCUUUUUGUUCAUUGCUUUCUUAAUGGUAAAACUGAAAUGUUGAAAUUGCAGUUUAGGUUCUAUAAACAAGUUCUUUUAAAGUACACCUGAGUCUGGAUGUGUUGGAAUGUAAGGAAUCUGUUACUCUAGAAUAAUAUUUUCCAGCAUUUUUUAUGUUUUGGACAUAAAAUGAUGAGGGAUAAAGCAUGACCAGGUCUCUUCAUCUCUCCCAGAGCUGAAUUCUUGUAUCAUCCAGGAAAACAUGAAUUCAGUUGCUGUUCCAUCUGAUGUUUCCUGUGAAUAGUUUAAUUUUUGCUGUCAGCCCCUGGCAGUUCAUAGAAUCACAGAAUAUCCUGAGAUGGAAGGGACCCACAGGGAUCAUCCAGUCCACUUUUUCACUCUGGGUGGGUUUCUCUUGAAGCAGAAAAUGAAGAAAGUAAUUCCAUAUCAGAUUAUGUGAACCUUGCUAAGCACCUGGUCACACUGAAUAAUUUUGUGGAUUGGACAAUUGCCUUGCACUGGGUAAUUUCAUUUAUGAUUCAAGAUUAAAAUCCAAGCCUGACAGGCUUUCCAUGGUGGAGGCUCACUUCAUGAAAAGAAGUGGGCUUGACAUAACAACAUUGUAGGAAGCCAAAAGACCAGGGAAGUUUUAACAACCCUCAAAUUGGUUGCCACCCUGUAAUAUUAGACUAUUUAUUUAAUCAUAAUGCAUGAACCAUAAACUCUCUCUUCCUAAAAUGGAUAUCUUGAUUCUGCUAGUGAAAAACACAGCCAGAUCCGCUGUGAGAUGGGCACAGCACAACACCUUAUGCUGUCUGUAACACCUCGUGUCUGUCACCCUGAGUGCCAUCAUGUGCCAUGUACAGGGACCCAGCUCUGCUGAGGCACCUCAGAUCCUGGGUUCAGUUUUGCUGCAGUGUCACUGAGGUGCUGGAGCAUGUCCAGAGAAGAGCAAAGGAGCUGGGGCAGGGUCUGGACCACAUGUUUCAUAAGGAGUGGGAGCUGGAAAUGUGUUCAGAACUUCCCAAGUGAAAAAAAUGUUAGAUGAGACUUCAAUGACUUUCACUUAUGGUGUACCACUGAGAUAAAGCAACUGUACCACUGCCAGAGGAAAUUUUUCAGUGGAAGGCUCCUGAAAGGGAAGAGGGCUGGAAGAUAGCAUGGAUUGAGGAUUGAACUGGAUGAAAGUUUAAUGACACACAAGGGUUUAAUAUUUGUGACUUAAGUCAGUGGAGUAGCUAAUGGCUUCUGAUAACUUUCUGUUAUCAUGCAACCACAACCUCCAAAAUUGCAGCAAAACCCCACAUGUCUCUAUAAUUUCCCUCUCUAUUAAAUACUGGCGAAUGAACAGAAAAUACAUCAAUAUCCCCAAAGAGGUAUUUGCACUGUCAUAUUUGCAGGUCUGAAGUUCUCCUCUCCAUUCCUUAGCUAUGUAUCAUAAGUCUUCUCCAGCUCUAUAUAAAUCCUUCAGUUUAGGGCAAAUGGUGUAGUCUUGAUAGUGUUCUUAAUAAAUGCAAAUGAUUAUUAAUAAAUGA